AUUCAUCAUUUUUGCAUUUCCAUGAAUCGGAUUGUGACAUAGGAGGAUCUUCAUCUUGUGAAUCUGUGCUUUCUCUCAACACAGAAAAAAUUCUGAGCCAAGCGAAGUUGCUUGCAGAGCAAAAACGGUUUCCAUUUGCUACUGAUAAUGACAACACAAAUGAAGAAUUGGCACUUGCUUACGUGUUGAUUGGCAAUGGCUUGUAUGAUGAAGCCAUACGACACUUUUCAACAAUGCUGCAGGAAGAACCAGAGCUGGUCAGUGCAAUUUAUGGACGAGGGAUAGCAUAUGGAAAAAAAGGACUACAUGAUAUGAAAAAUGCUGAACUUGCUCUGUUUGAGCUCAGUAGGGUGAUUAGUCUAGAACCAGAUCAUCCUGAAGUAUUUGAACAGCGAGCAGAAAUAUUGUCCCCACUAGGACGAAUCAGUGAAGCAUUAUCUGAUCUCACCAAAGCUAUUCAGCUACAACCAUCAGCACGGCUCUACAGGCACAGAGGUACCCUUUACUUCAUAUCUGAGGAUUAUGCAACAGCCCAUGAAGAUUUUCAGAACUCAUUGGAACUGAACAAAAAUCAGCCUAUAGCUAUGCUUUAUAAAGGCUUAACCUUUUUUCACAGAGGACUUCUGAAGGAAGCCAUUGAAUCAUUCAAAGAAGCUCUGAAGCAGAAAGCAGACUUCAUAGAUGCAUAUAAAAGUCUGGGACAAGCCUACAGAGAACUUGGCAACUUCGAUGCUGCUACAGAGAGCUUCCAGAAGGCUUUGCUGUUAAAUCAAAAUCAUGUUCAGACGUUACAGCUCAAAGGAAUGAUGCUUUAUCAUCAUGGUAGCUUGGAUGAAGCACUAAAGAAUUUUAAGAGAUGUCUACAGCUAGAACCAUACAAUGAAGUAUGCCAGUACAUGAAAGGUCUCAGCCAUGUUGCAAUGGGACAGUUUUAUGAAGGUAUAAAAGCUCAAACGAAAGUUAUGUUGAAUGAUCCACUACCAGGUCAGAAGGCCAGCCCAGAGUACCUGAAAGUGAAAUACCUUCGAGAGUAUUCUAGAUACUUGCAUGCGCAUUUGGAUACCCCUCUUACAGAGUAUAAUAUUGAUAUAGAUCUUCCUGGAAAUUUCAAGGACCACUGGGCCAAAAAUCUUCCUUUUCUUAUAGAAAAUUAUGAAGAACAGCCAGGGUUACAGCCACAUAUAAAAGAUGUGUUAUUUCAGAAUUUUGAAAGCUACAAGCCUGAUGUGCAGGAACUCAUAUGUGUAGCUGAUCAUCUGGGUUCCAUGAUGCAGUAUGAGACACCAGGAUUUCUUCCAAAUAAAAGAAUACAUAGAGCAAUGGGUUUGGCCACUCUAGAAGUAAUGCAAGCUGUGCAGCGGACUUGGGCAAACUCAAAAGUUCGGAUGAAUGGGAAAACAAGACUGAUGCAGUGGAGAGAUAUGUUUGAUAUUGCUGUGAAGUGGCGAAGGAUAGCUGACCCUGACCAGCCUGUGCUUUGGUUGGACCAAAUGCCUGCCCGAAGCCUUAGCAGAGGUUUCAAUAAUCACAUUAACUUAAUCAGGGGACAAGUCAUUAACAUGCGGUACUUGGAAUAUUUUGAGAAAAUUCUUCAUUUUAUCAAAGAUAGGAUCCUUGUCUAUCAUGGUGCUAAUAAUCCAAAAGGACUAUUAGAGGUUCGAGAAGCUUUGGAAAAGGUACAUAAAGUAGAAGAUCUUCUUCCCAUAAUGAAGUUUAACAGUAAAACAAGAGAUGGGUUUACUGUGAACACAAAAGUCCCCAGCCUCAAGGAUCAAGGGAAAGAAUAUGAUGGAUUCACAAUUACAAUAACAGGAGACAAAGUGGGGAACAUACUAUUUUCAGUGGAAACUCAGACAACAGAAGAGAGAACACAGCUGUAUCAUGCAGAAAUAGAUGCACUAUAUAAGGAUCUAACAGCUAAAGGAAAAAUUCUAAUUCUGUCUGCAGAGCUGGGGGAAGUAGAUGCUGUUUGCAACUUGAUCCUGUCAUUAGUUUAUUACUUCUAUAACUUAAUGCCACUUUCAAGAGGAUCUAGGUUGGUGAUUGUCUUUAUCAUGUCUGUUAUUUUGGAUGCAUGCC